GCUCUGUGUAUCUAAUAAUUAGCCAUAGAGCGAGGGGAAUCCAUGUCAUCUCUCCUUCUCCACGCUGUCCAUUUUGGUUCCACCACUACUUGCUUUCCGCAUUCCUUUAUUCUUCUCUCGCUGCCACCACAACCUAUUGAUUUAUAUUUUCUAUCACUACUUUAGAUUUUCUUGCACCUUGUAGCCUCUCUCUCUCUCUCUCUCUCUCUCUCUCUCCAUGGCUGAUCUCUGUUCCUUGUGUCUCUUAGGAGUCAUGGACCGUCUUUGGUUUCACCAGAUCAUUCUCUUCUCAGAGUCAGAGUCCUCUACUGUACUAUUCCCUAAAACCCUUAAACAACAAACCCCACUCAUCACAGAAUCUCUUGUACACUUAGCAUCUAGCCUCUCUUUAGCAACUUCUCCUGAUGAAGAAAUAGAGGAACCUUCAAUCACUCUAGAGUUAAACAAUCAUAAACAAGAAGAAGAAGAAGAAGAAGGUAAGGUUAUUGUUGAUCAGAAAGAAAGGCCAACAAGAUUGAAUAAUCUUAGGAAACUACAGAAAUUCAUGAGCUGCAGGAGCUUGGGGGAGCUGGAACUGGAAGAAGUGAAAGGGUUUAUGGAUCUUGGCUUUAUAUUCAAGAAAGAACACAUAAGCCCAAGAAUGAUAAGUGUAGUCCCUGGUUUGGUGAGAUUAGGAUUAUACAAAAAUAAACACAACAACAAACUCUUUAACAGCAAAGUACCUGAAGAUGAUGAUAUACACACAGAAAAGCAAGAAGAAGCGGAAGGGAUAAUUAGGCCAUACUUGUCAGAGGCUUGGCUAAUAAAAAGACCCGAUUCACCACUAUUAAACCUAAGGUUGCCAAGAGUAUCUGCAGCUGCUGAUAUGAAAAAACACCUCAAGUUCUGGGCUAGAACUGUUGCAUCUGUUAUUCAACAAGAACCUUGAGAGUCUAGGAGAUCCAUAUGGUAGAAGAUAUAUACUCUCCAUUCUACUAAACAAUUGCUGUUUGCUGAUAAAGAAAGAUGAAAUGCCAAAAAUCGAUUACAGAUUUUA